CCUGAAAUUCCGGAUCAAGUCCCUUACCGGUUCACCGGUUAUUUGACUUGGCUUCCUAAGUUAGAUGGUUUCGACGGAAACGAGCUUGAUGCUACACUGUUGUUCAACCAGAUUAUUUUGCUUCUUUCCAGUUACUAUGCAUUAAAAUGGACUUAUAAUCCUCCCACUAGUCCUAGACUUAUCACUCGUUUUUCUUACAUUGGUGAAAAUGAUUCUAUGGCUACAACUCACUAUUUUGAUAGUAUCUUGGCUCUUUAUAUUGUGAUGACUCUCUUAGCUGGUGUCGCCAUAUUCCUUUUUGGUGUUGGUAAAAUAUGGGUUGCUAUUGGUGUACUUCAUAAUGCUGCUGAAUUCACUAUUCUUAUUAUACUUGGUUCUGGUGGAAAAAUCAAGUCUCCAUUAUUUUGGCCCAUUCUCGGUUUUUACAUUUCUUUAGUUGCUGUUCUUUCAAUUUUCUUAAAAUUCCCUUAUGAUGCUGUGUGGUUCAAAGGCCAAGACCUUGUCAAUACACAUGAUCACGAUAAUGAUGAGCACGCUCAUGGCGCUCAUCUUCAUGAUCCCAGUAAGUCUGUCCAUCCAAUAAUUCAUCACCCACAUCAACUUUUGCUAUUGAUUGUUGGUGCCGUCUUUCAUGUUCUUGGCAAUGUCGUGUUUACUGUUUAUAGAUAUUCGUUUAACGCGUAA